AGGCAGCAGUUGGAAAAGGGAAUUCAAAGAAAACGCUAUCGCUGCUGUGAAAAGUCGUGUGUCCAAGAAACGCUGUUAGACGGACGAGCAAAAAUUGUGCCAGGAGUGUUUUAUCCAAGCACGCAGUUAGGCAGAACAAAAAAACAUACAUCAAACGCUAAACUAAACUCGUUUCACAAUUCAGCAGUGGUUUGCUUUGAGCAUCAUUUAUCCGUGUACAAGCAGUGCGUCUUUUUCCUCGGUCGAUCGGUCGUGUAACUUUUGUCGGACGUGUGACGGAAUUCUUUUCGCGUGUGUGUGCUAGUUGGUGUGUGCGGUGCGCGUGAAUCUGACCGCGAAAGUGAAAAAGAGGCGAUCAAAUUCAUCGUAACCACUCUUGUGGGGAAAAAGUGUGCUCCUCCUCCGUUUCUUAAACAUCCGACAGCCGCCACAAUCCGAUCUAAUGAUGCAUAUAGUGCAGAUUCUCGAAAAAACCGUCUCGCCAGAUCAGGAUGAGCUGCUUGCAGCGAAAAACUUCCUCGAACAGGCAGCGGCCACAAACUUGCCAGAAUUCCUACGUGCGCUCUCCGAUGUGCUGGUGUACCCUGGAAAUUCCACGGUCGCCCGUAUGGCGGCCGGUUUGCAGCUAAAGAACCAUCUGACCAGCAAAGAUCAGACGAUCAAGCAACAGUACCAGGAGCGAUGGCGAUCGUUUCCGGAGGACAUGAAAGAGUAUAUCAGAAAGAAUAUUCUUGGAACCCUCGGAACAGAAGAGUCUCGUCCAUCGUCGGCAGCUCAGUGCGUUGCGUACGUUGCCGUCGCCGAUCUGCCCGUGCGACAAUGGCCGGAACUGAUGCAAAAGCUGGUGGACAAUGUGGUGAACGAAAAGUCGACCGAGGCGCUGCGUGAGUCGACGCUGGAGGCGAUUGGGUACAUCUGCCAGGACAUCAACUCGGAGAUACUGGAAAAUCAGUCGAACCAGAUCCUUACCGCCAUCAUUCACGGUAUGCGCAAGUCGGAACCCUCGAACCACGUCCGACUCGCGGCCACCAACGCACUGCACAAUUCGCUCGAGUUUACCAAGGCGAACUUUGAGGAAACGGCCGAACGGAACUACAUCAUGGAGGUGGUGUGCGAGGCGACACAGUCGACCGACACGCAGAUCUGUGUGGCCGCACUGCAGUGUCUGGUGCGCAUACUGACCCUGUACUACCAGCACAUGGAAGCGUACAUGGCGCAGGCACUGUUUCCCAUCACGCUGCAGGCGAUGAAGUCGGACAACGAGCAGAUUGCGUUGCAGGGCAUUGAGUUUUGGUCGAACGUUAGCGAUGAGGAGAUCGAUCUGGCCAUCGAAGCGCAGGAGGCAACCGAAACGGGCCGACUACCGAAUCGCGUCUCGAAGUAUUACGCGCGCGGUGCCCUCGAAUACCUGGUGCCGGUGCUGAUGGAGAAACUCACACACCAGGAAGAGUUUGACGAUGAGGACGACUGGAAUCCGGCCAAGUCCGCGGGCGUUUGCCUGAUGCUGCUGGCAACGUGCUGUGGCGAGGAAAUAGUUCCGCACGUGCUGCCGUUCGUGAACGUGAACAUCAAGUCAGAGAACUGGCGCUUCCGAGAUGCGGCCGUGAUGGUGUUCGGUUCGAUCCUCAGCGCGCUCGAGACGGAUCGACUGAAGCCGAUGCUGGAGCAGGCGAUGCCAACACUGAUCGAGCUGAUGUACGAUCCGAGCGUGAUCGUGCGCGAUACGUGCGCGUGGACGUUCGGGCGCAUCUGCGAGGUCAUUCCGGAGGUUGCGAUUAAAGAGCAAUACCUGGAGCCGCUGCUAAAGGCGCUCCUGAACGGACUGAAGGCGGAACCACGCGUUGCCACGAACGUGUGCUGGGCCUUCAGUGGUCUGUCGGAUGCGGCGUACGAAGCGGUCAACGUAGACGACGAUCCACCGCAGACGUACUGCUUGUCGAAGUAUUUUGACUUCAUAAUUACAAACCUACUGGAAGCAACCGAUCGGCCCGACGGUGGACAGGCGAACCUUCGCUCGUCCGCCUACGAAGCGCUGAUGGAGAUGGUUAAGAACUCGCCGCUCGAUUGCUACGUGUCGGUGCAGCGUACGACGAUGGUUAUCCUGGAACGCAUCAAUCACGUCCUGCAGAUGGAAUCGCACAUCGCUUCCCACAGCGACCGCCAUCAGUUCAACGAUCUGCAGUCGCUGCUGUGCGCCUCGCUACAGUCGGUUCUGCGCAAGGUAGAAGCGAAGGACGCACCGCAAAUCUCGGACGCCAUCAUGAUGGCCCUGUUGACGAUGUUCAGCUCCAGCUCGGGCAAAGUGUGCGGCGUGCAGGAGGAUGCGCUGAUGGCUGUAUCGACGCUGGUGGACCUUCUCGGGGAGGACUUCAUCAAAUAUAUGGACGCGUUCAAGGAGUAUCUGUACAUGGGCCUCAAGAGCCACCAGGAGUACCAGGUGUGCUGUACGGCGGUCGGGCUCGCGGGUGACAUUUGCCGCGGACUGAAGAGUAAGAUUUUGCCGUUCUGCGAUGACAUCAUGACGCUGCUGCUGCAGAAUCUCAGCAACCCGAAUCUGCACCGUAGCGUGAAGCCGCAGAUUCUGACCGUGUUUGGCGAUAUGGCACUCGGCAUCGGGCCCGAUUUCACAAAGUAUCUAAAUGUGGUGCUGCCGAUGCUAUCCGCCGCCACGCAGGUGCAGAUCGACCAGCACGACUAUGACAUGAUCGACUACCUGAACGAGCUGCGCGAGAGUGUCCUCGAGGCGUACACCGGCAUCGUGCAGGGUCUGAAGGGCCCGGACAAGACGCCGCUCGAGGAGGUGAACGCGAUGCUGCCGCAGGUGCCCUUCAUCAUCAACUACAUCAUCUCGAUCGCCAAGGAUACGGAGCUGUCCGAUGGCAACAUUGCGAUAGCGGCCGGUCUGAUCGGCGACAUGUGCGGCGCCUUCGGCCAGACGAUGCUGCAGUUCGUGGAGGAUCCAAGCAUCACCGAGCUGCUGAACGACGGCAAGAACUCACGCACGGUGCGCACUAAAACGCUCGCCACCUGGGCGCUGAAGGAGAUCAAGCGGCUAAAGAACCUGCCGGCGGUGAACAAUGCGAGUUGAUUCGGAUUCAGCAUCAAUGGCAAUACCAUCAACUACAACAACAGCAGCGCCGCUACUCCGACGACCACCGUUCCGGCAACCUAAUCGGCCAUCUCAGUGCACUAUCAUCAUCCCCCUCCUCCGAUUCCUCUUCCCUUUAUUCCUCAUUAGUUACAAACGCCUCCAAAGUUUGGGCUGCUAUACAACACCACACUUUGUAUGUAGGGUGUCUACUUCCCAGGCAUCUGAGCUUCUGCGACGUCGGUUUUUAUAUGGACAUCAUGGUACAAUAUUGAUAAUUCAUCUGCGACACCCCCUCCGGAAGACAAGUUUCUUUUUCGCAAGCUUAGUUCCAUUGUUAGUUAUAAAGCCCCCCUGAACACCAUGGUGACAGAAGAACAACUUGUACAAUGCAGUUUCAUCAAGGGGAUACGUAAAUCCGAGCUAUCUCGGCUGCUGCUGGACAGUGCAACAUGAAGAACAACAACAUCGCGUCUCUCCCAUCUGUUUGCUUGUUGCAUCUUCAAGAUGUCACCAACGAGCAUCAUCGUGUGUUAGCGAAAAUCAUCGCAGCGCGUCUCUUCGUGUGUUCCGAUCCGAUGUCCCAUUAAAAUUUUGACCACUACCCCCGAUGCUUUCAAGUAAGUUUGUCCCUCUCUAGAUUUGAUAUAAAAACACACCAACAACACCCAACAAACGAUACUUUACGGCGGAGGAUAUACCAAUACCAUUAAUUUAUUUUUUAGUUGCGUUCUUAGGAGUAACUAUUAUGUUGGGAAAAUGAAACGAGAAAAAAAGCUACACAAACACAUUCAUUUUCUUGCACAUACUCUAUAUACAAAUAUCUACAAAUAAUGUAAAUUUCUGUUAUCAUGCGUCGAUUGUGUGUGAUUUAUUCAACAUUUUACAUUCAUAAACCAAUCUGUUAAGAGAACUAUAGAAAGAAGCA